AUUAUUUUUAUAGUGUUGAUCUGUUUGUUUCUUCAGGCUGUUAAGCUGUCAGUUCAGGAGGAUGUUUAAUCAACUCAACUGAGUAAUGUGAAACACGCACACAUAUACUGUACUUGGAGAGAUGGACUGUCCAGGAGUGGGAGGGAGGCGGCUAUUCAGCCAAUCACUGGCGGAGGCUUUGCGUAUCUGUGUUGGUUUCCUUUUACAGUGUCUCUACAACAUAGGCUAUUUUGAAGACACACACACACACACACAGCUGCACCUGACAAUCUGCUGAAGGGAGGCCAACUCUGUGGCCACUGAUCCAGAGGGAGAGAGAGAGAGAGAGAGAGAGAGAGAGAGAUAUGAAAGGAGGAACGCAGAAGCAGAAUGCAUGAGCCUGAGGAGGAGUGAGUGGUUGUCCUUUCCUCAAGGAGCUUUACACAAGUCCUCUCCCGUUGGAAUUACUGCCUGGCAGCAUGCCUGCGGCCCAUAACAACUCCUCACCACCGUGACUCUCAUCUGCUCUCGGACGAAAGGAUUCUUGCGCUUGUUAUCCACGUGAAGCUUCUGCCACUUUCAGCUCUCAGCUCACUGCGUAUUCUGAAUUGGCUGCAUAUUCUGGACCGGAACGCGAUGCUGGACCUUUACUGAGGCUCCCGCAGGCCAUACGCAGUCAGCAUCAGUCAGCGCUCUCCCCGGGCCUCAGGUAUGCUCACCUCCGCACUGCCCAGCCUCUACCCAGCAUCCCUCCUGCAGCUAUGAAGAGGUUCAGCAGCCUGAGAGGAAGCAAGAAGCGCAAGGACCACGAGGGGAGGGCAGGCAGACGCCAGUCAGAGCCCCACGGCCUUCUGGGAACCACCUCUAGUCUCUCCUCACCGCCCACUACUCCAACUCAAGUGACCAAACAGCCUCCACCGUUCCCUCUGGAAGGCAACCGCAGUGACCCUGAGCAACCUGAGGAACGGCUUCGAUCCAUCUCUUCGCCCCUGGACACAGGUCAACGCUUCAGCCUGCCCUCCGCUAAACCACCCCUGACCCCCACCUCAGCACCCAUCUCUACCUCACGCACGGUUCACGGUUUAUCCGAAGGCAUGCUGGAGAAACUUGACCUCGAGGAUGAAGCUGUUGAAGAGUCAGAGAGUGAUAUUUACAUGCGCUUUAUGAAGUCACACAAGUGCUAUGACAUUGUCCCGACUAGCUCCAAGCUAGUGGUCUUUGACACUACGCUACAAGUUAAAAAGGCCUUUUUUGCCUUGGUAGCCAAUGGAGUUCGAGCUGCCCCACUGUGGGAGACGAAGAAGCAGAGCUUUGUAGGAAUGCUAACCAUCACAGACUUCAUCAAUAUACUGCACAGAUACUACAAGUCACCCAUGGUGCAAAUCUACGAGCUGGAGGAGCACAAGAUUGAAACAUGGAGAGAGCUCUAUUUACAAGAAACAUUUAAACCAUUAGUCAACAUAUCACCGGAUGCAAGCAUAUUUGAUGCCGUGUAUUCGCUGAUCAAGAACAAGAUUCACCGCUUGCCCGUCAUCGACCCCGUCAGUGGAAAUGCACUUUAUAUCCUCACGCACAAGAGGAUCCUCAAGUUCCUCCAGCUCUUUGUGUGUGAGAUGCCAAAGCCUGCCUUUAUGAAGCAGACGCUGGAGGAACUGGGCAUCGGGACCUACAGCAACAUCGCCUUCAUCCACCCUGACACGCCUGUCAUCAAAGCCCUGAGCAUCUUCGUGGAGAGGAGGGUGUCCGCCCUUCCUGUGGUGGACGAGUCUGGAAAAGUUGUGGAUAUUUAUUCCAAGUUUGAUGUCAUUAAUCUUGCUGCUGAAAAGACCUACAAUAAUCUGGACAUUAGUGUCACUCAGGCUCUCAUGCAUCGCUCCCAGUACUUUGAGGGCGUGAUGAAGUGCAACAGACUGGAGACUCUGGAGACUAUAGUGGACAGGAUAGUCAAAGCUGAGGUGCACAGGCUGGUGGUGGUGGACGAGAACGCCUGCAUCGUGGGCAUCGUGUCCCUGUCGGACAUCCUGCAGGCCCUGGUGCUCACUCCAGCAGGUCUGAACAGAAAGGAGAACGAGGCAGAGGCUGAGUGAUGCAGGUUGGGGCUGCUAAGUUGUGUCAUGCUGCUGGAAGUGGAGGCAGGAGGUGGGUGUGGAGCUGGAGCGGCCCGCUGCGGGGGGUGGGGGGCUGCCACAGGGGGUGCGAAGGGCGUGGGGGUGUGAACUGUAAUGCUGCUGAAAGCCGGACGUAUGAACAGGCUACAGGGCGACAAGGUGGACCACCAGGGAUUUCUUCCUUAAAGGGAUUCUGCAAUCCUUUACUCUCUUCUAAACCGCGUCACUGCAAGCGCACAAGCGUCACCUUUCACUACACGCAAAAACAUCGCCAUCUGGUGUUUGUUCUGUGUUUUACAAGCAUCGCUAGACUUAGGACUGUACCAUCAUCACACUGAGGGGGGAGGCAUGUCAAGUGGCAGAGCAUUGAGAACUUUUUCCAAAGCAAAAUGUCUCCAUUUUCACGUUCUUUCUGUAGAAAGGAGCUUUGGCUUGUGGCUUUACUUGCACUUGCUAAUGACAUUCGAUGUCGUCCCUUUGCUCAGUCUUCUGCAGUAUCUUUUUUUUCUUUUUUUUUCUUUUUAAUCCUCCCCUAAAAAAUAUCCCUGAAUGAAUUCACCUCCCUCUGUCAAUGGUGCCUUCUGUCCACCAGUUGUCGCCCGUUAUUGAUGGCCGAGAGGACGCGAGAGCAGUGAAUGUUCAAAUGUAUCAAAGCGAAUGUGAGAGUGUCUGAAAACCAAAAUUUCUUUGCAUUUUGGAUAUGUUGUCACUGAUUUUAUGAAAGUUUAUAAUUUUCUUCCUUAGGAAGGUUCUUUUAUUAUUUCCAUAAGUUUUUUUUUUUUCUCUUCUGAAAUGAUGCUGUAAACAUAGAUUCAAAGGUUUAUUUAUUCGUACUUUAAUAGUUGUUUUAAUUUUGACGGUAACGGUUUGAGUGGAAUGGAAAGAGAGCGUUCUGCCCCUAUGCAUCAACAAGGUUCCGAUGACUUGACGACGUUCAAUGCAAUUCAAAAUUCAGCCGCUGCCUACAAGCCCUCAUUUCCUCUCUCCAGUUAACGCGGAGGCAUGCAACGAAACCUCUCAUACUCUGUAUCGAUCGUACUGUACAUAGGAAGAGCUACAUGAGGCGUCUCCAAGUGCCAGAGAAAGGUCUAUUUUUCUGUGUAUUCAAUGUAUGAAUCAUGUUGUUUGUAAUAUUACAGAUUUUUUUUUUUUUGCUCCGUUUUUUCGGUUCCUGUCAUCUUUAUCGUGGCUGUGUUGUCGAUAAAGGUCACUGAUGAAAGCGUUUUGUCCACUGAACAAUGCACAUCACUGGCAUGAGUAUGACACUACAGUGGUUCAACAUUGUGUUUGUUUUUUGUUUUAUUUUUUUUUUUUUCAUUUUGCAGUUUGAAAAACAAAAAUAAUAAAUCAUGCUACUGAAUCUUUGUAUGAUUUGUUUCAUGUUCUGCGUCUUAUUCAGUAUUUCUGUAUGUUUAUUGCAAUAAAUCAUUGUGUUCUUCUGAGUGGCCCAUA